AUGCAUUCUCAAGAGAAGCAAAAAUUCUUUGUGGAGGUCAAAAAGCUGAAUAAUGGACGACUAUUACUGACACUAUUAAAAGAAAUGCUAUGUUAAUGGUUUUUGAGUCUUUAAAUCACACCAAACCAGAACUUUUUAAUAACUGUUUCUCUUGAUCAACCCAGAGAUAAACAACUCAUGCAUGGGACCCGCUCGCUGUUGAAUCUACCCCGUGUGAGAACUGAAGCUGGAUGUAAAAGUUUUAGAUAUCAAGGAGCAGUCUACCAGCUUAGAUUAGGAACGAAGUAUCAAUUUUAAGAUUAAAGAAUAGCUUAAAAACCUUACUUUUUAAACAUGACUAUUUAAAAUGUAGUAUUAGCAUAGGGCGCCCAACUACUGUCAGUAAAACUGUAAAAUAAGUAAGAGUUAUAAACCGACUUACUCGGUUUAUAACUAACUUAUAUCACACUUGCUGAGGUUUUCCAACAUAUUUUGUCAUUUUCAAAAAUUUUUAAUGAAAAAUUCUCGCGUUUUGUCUACAAGUUUAAUCCAAUCAUUUAUUCAAGGUCUAUAAGCUAGUUAUAAACCUCGGACGAACAAAGAAAACCGACGCAAGUGUGAUAUAAUCAAAAUAAUAAACUUACUUUAAAAGAUUUACAUAAAUUCUUUGCAAGAAUGUCAAUGGAAAAGAGAAAAAAAAUUAUAUGAAGCACUAUCAAAUCCUCAACAGAUAAGUAAUGUGGGUGCAUACAAGAUAAUUGACAAGUUAAUGGAAGACUUUGUUAAGAAUGAAAGAGAAGAAAUGGUAGCUUUAGGGAUUUAGGCAGAAUUUGAUGAGCUUGAGCAGCUGUUACUUGAUAUAUAUGAAAGAGCACAUCAUGCUGCGACAGCUUUGGCACAACAACUUGAAGAGAAAGAGAAAGCUGCAGAUGACGAGAGACAAUGGAUUGCAGAUGUGAGGACCCAAGGAAUGGAAAAGCAGGUAAACAAUCCUAUUAAACGGAAAUCAACAGUGUUAAAAGAAUUGAUUGAAGAAGGAAGGAAUGCCAAAAAUGAGUUGGAAGCAAAACGAAUUGCACCUGAAGAGAAACGUUUACAGGCAGAUAAAGAAAGGCAUGAUUUGUUUGCAGAUGUUGUUGCUCAACAGCAGCAGCAGCAACAAGCUUGGCUUAUUCAACAACAAACACACGCCCAUCAACAUCAACAACAAGUCAUGCAGAUGCAUCUAGAAAAUCAAACACAACAACAGGUCUUUCAACAACAGCAACAAAAGAUGAUGACUGAGUUACAAGUUCAAAAUAGUCAAGUUCAACUGGAACUGCUUAAAGUUUUAAGAGACAUUAAAGACAAGUAG